UAAUUAGAAAAAUAUGUUUAAUUUCAAUUUAUUAUUAUCAUUACUAGUAGUAGUGAUUAGUAGUAGUAAUAAUGUCAACGCUGUUGAUAUUAAUACAACAUCGGGUGUCGUACGCGGACAGACCAUUCAUAUACAGACUAAACUAUUGGACGCUAAGAUAGAUCAAUGGUUAGGCAUACCAUAUGCCGAACCACCUGUCGGUGACCUAAGGUUUACAUAUCCGGUGCCUUACAAACCAAGUAAAGAUGUGAUCGACGCUACCAAAGCCAAGGACUCGUGUAUGCAAACACUAUCAGAUGUUGACCGCCGUCUAUAUGGAAACCUGACGCUCAGUGAGGACUGUCUAUUCAUCAAUAUAUGGAGACAGACACCGCCAUCACUUCCACCGACAACAACACAUGUGGACAGUUAUGAUAGCUUGAAACCAGUAAUGUUUUGGAUAUUUGGAGGCGGAUUUAGAGGUGGAUCAAUAUUUGCCAAAGUAUAUAAUGGUUCGGCACUGGCAGCACAGGGAGUAGUGGUAGUGUCGGUCAACUAUCGGUUGGGACAGUUCGGGUUUAUGUACGGUGGGAGUGAUGAGGCACCGGGCAAUCUCGGUCUAUACGAUCAACUGUUGGGUCUCCAAUGGGUCAGAGAUAACAUACACAGGUUUGGUGGCGACAAAAAUCAGGUAACAAUUUUUGGACAGUCAGCCGGCAGUUGGUCAGUAAUGUUGCACAUACUGUCACCGCUGUCCAAAGGUUUGUUCCGCAGAGCUAUUAUGGAAAGCGGAUCGUUGAUGUUGAAUAAGGACAGGGAUGUGCUCAGUAAAGCGGAGGCACUAAAAUCGGCCCAUGAAAUGGCUGUCCAACUAAAUUGUUCAGCCGAUGACGACAAAUGGCUAAAGUGUUUGCGCGGAGUGUCCGCUCAGGAGUUGGUCAAACAAAACGGUUUGGUAAUACUACCGGUAUUUGACAGUCCAUUUCUGCCAUUGCGGGCACAGUUAGCUUUCGAGAAAAAUCUAUACAAUUCAGAUAUCGAUCUGUUGGCCGGUAUAACCGCCAAUGAGGGACAUCUAUUGAAACAAAUUUUUUUAAAACAAAAUUCAACCGUAACUGUUGAGUCAUUCAAACAGGCUGUCCAACAACUCGACAGUAUCUAUCAUAAUAUGGAUGUCAACAAACUAAUCGAGUUUUACUUGAAAAAUGUCAAUCAAUCGGAUUCGCGUGAAAUCAAGAACCGUUUCGGCGAAUUGGCCGGCGAUCUGGCCCUGAAAUGUUCGACCUAUUUGUUUGCCAAACAACUGGCCAAACAGCGGCAACCAACUAAACAAAAUGUCUACUUCUAUGAGCUGACCUAUGGUUCCGAUUAUUUUGGUAGACUAAGUGAUUGUAAUCCGAUAUUGGACGGCGUAUGCCAUGGCGAGGACAUACCGUUUGUGUUUGGACUGCCCUAUCUGUAUCCGGAUGGUUAUAGUCAGGUGGACAUCAAUUUUACUCAGUGGACAUUGAAAUGGUGGACCGAUUUUGCUAAAACUGGUAAAUUAGAUAGUAAUUGGGCUCAAAUGGUAUCAUCCGAUAAUGUGAUCAAGGUAAAAGAUUGGAACCCCAGAAACCAGUCCAAAAUUAUUCAACACGUGUUUGACGACACGUGCGAUGGCAUAUGGAAAUCAUAUUAUUUAUAAAUUUUAUUGUUUUUAAAUGCAUAUUAAAUAAUA